CCGUCACGCAAUUCAAAGACGCAGUUCAGCUCGACUUAUUUUUUUAUUUCUUAAUAAAUAUAAUAGAACACAACUUAGUUUACUUAAACAGUCUUUGGAUCAUGUCAAAUACAUCAGUUCGCCCUAUACCCACGCUGAAAGGAAUUUUUUCAGUGCCGCGUGCUACUCAGGGCCGCAACUUUCUCAAGGAAAAUAAAGUGAGCUUGCGCUCGCUAGAGAAAACAACAAGUGAAAAAAUGGCAGCCAAGGAACCAGUGCGUCCCAAAUGGAUGCCACCUAUGCGCCGCGCAGGCUCCGAGGUACGAGAAUCGAAAGCAGGCCGGCCUCCGGUAACCAGACAAAACACUCAGGAAACCAGUCUAACACGCAACCGGAACAACUCGCGUUCGCAUCACCAAUUGGGCGCAUGUGCUUCAGAGUCUGGCGAACGUUUUGAAGGCUUGGAAGAGCGCAGUCCUCUCUUCUAUGCCCCGUCGGUGGAGGCAUCACAGUCGCCGGACAAUUACUCAGAACGAUGCAAUUCUUGCGGCACCCAGCGCAGCUCCACAAGCAUUGCCAUACAGACGGAGGACAUUACCGAUGAACUAUACCUGACAAAUGCAUUGAAAAAAUGCAGUAUUGAUGGAUCUAUGAUGGGUGAACCCUCCAAUAAAUACGACAACGGCUACAGACGUUCCAAUCGGUACGAUAACAACGAAGAGGAGGAUCUGCUGUCACCUCGCACAAAUGGCAAACAGCAGAAUCGCUUCAACGUGAAUGAGUUUAACACAAUGCUCUUGGCCCCAGAUGAUGGUGUAAAAACUGAAGUCACUUCAGAUGAGGAGGCUCCGCUCAGUGCCCGCAGCCGCUAUACAGUGGCCACAGUGGAAUCAAAUGCGUCCAUAACAUCGAAACGCCGCGAGCACAAGCUGGGCUCACGCGAUGAGUUGCGUCUUCCGCGGUAUCUGGAGAAGGAGAAGCGCGAAAAGGCCGCUGCCAAGGAGCUUGCCGAUGCACGCGAUCCGGACUGCCCACGCGGUCAUAUUCUGCUCCCGGAGCAGGAACGUGUCGACCACUUGCACAGCGCACAGAAGCGCUACGAUGGUCUCAUCAGUGAGUUGAAUCACUUGCCCAUGACCGCACAGACUCUGCGGGUGCGCAACCGCAAGUCCGAAAUCGACAAGGAGCUGGCUGUCGUAGAUGAGAAGAUACGCGUCUACUCCAAGCCCAAGGUGUACAUUAGUUCUAGCAAAUGUACCUAAUUCCGACUGAAAACAACUGACUGCUAGUGCCAUGAAUACUCCAAAAACUAUGAACUAUGACAUGUGCCUUAAGAAGUCUUUUAUGAAAUGUAAUCUAGUCUUGUGUUAACCAAAAUUUAAGAUAAGUUAUGAGCCCUAGUAAAGAAAACAACGGUUUGACCUUAA